AUGGAAAACGUACUCGACGACAUCUCCCACAGGAGAUAUAACCCACUCCGUGGCUCCUCGAUCUUGGUUUCUCCCCACCGAACUAAGCGUCCCUGGCAAGGAGCGCAGGAGAGCCCCUCCAAGACUACCCUGCCCGACUACGACCCUAAAUGCUACCUCUGUCCCGGAAACGAGCGCGCCCAGGGCGAUACCAACCCCAAAUAUGACAGCACUUUCGUAUUCGUGAACGAUUACAGCGCUGUGAAAGAAGAACAAGCGGCAUAUGAGCCCUCAAAUCAGGAUGAACUUGAAUCGCGCUUCCUCAAAGCCGAACCCGUAACUGGCAAGUGCUACGUACUGACCUUCUCAUCCGCGCACAACCUUACCCUCGCCGACCUUGCGCCGCGCGAGAUCGUGCCCGUGAUCGACGCCUGGACAGAGAUCUACACCGCGCACCUGUCCCCCACAUCCCCGCUCGUGAAGAACGCACCGGCAACAACAUUGCAGCCAAGCUCGCACUCAACCAACGUGACCAAGCCUAAGGAGCAGUACCGCUACAUGCAGAUCUUCGAGAACAAGGGUGCAGCUAUGGGAUGCUCGAACCCUCACCCACACGGACAAGUGUGGACGACAAGCUCGAUGCCCGAAGAGCCUGCGGCCGAAAUGGUGCAGCUGACCAAGUACCGACAGCAGCACGGCGGCAGCCACAUGCUGGAGGACUACGCUGCGCUGGAAAGCCGCAAGCAGGAGCGUGUGGUGUUCGAGAAUGAGGCGUUCCUGGUCGUGUGCCCGUGGUGGGCGACGUGGCCGUUUGAGACGAUGAUUGUCAGCCGUACUCAUAAGCGUGCGCUGGUUGAUUUGUCUGAAGCCGAUAAGAUGUUGCUCGCCGAGGCGAUUGCGGAGACGACCCGUCGCUAUGAUAAUCUCUUCGAGACGCACUUCCCUUACAGUAUGGGUAUUCACCAGGCUCCUCUUGAUGGAACUCCCGAGGAGAUUGAGGCUUCUUACUUGCACUUGCACUUCUACCCGCCUCUGCUGCGCAGCGCGACUGUGCGCAAGUUCUUGGUUGGUUAUGAGCUCAUGGCUGAGCCUCAGCGUGAUAUCACUCCCGAGCAAGCUGCUGCCAAGCUGCGGGCUUGUGGUGGUGAGCUGUACAGGAAGAAGAUUGAUUCAUGA